UUAAAUAUAUAUUUAUUGAGUGUGAUAUCCACCGUUCAUAAAGUGCUUUUUGAGUGACAUGUUCCUUUGCAAAUUAUAAAGUAGGCUCGCGCUAGCAUGGGCCCAAGCUUAACUGACAUCCAAUCCCCUUCUCCUUUCUAUCAUUUAUUAAUUACGCAUCUUUUUCUCAAGAGAAAAAAGUAUUCUUAAGAUUUUCGUUUAUUUAAUGUAUAAAUUGGUCAGGCUGAAAGAUUUUGUAAAGUUAUUUUCUCUUAAAGCUUUCUUUUUCUUUAUUGAAAGUUAAAAGAUAGGAUGUAAGAAGGGCAUUUUAGACAAUACACACUCACACAUGUGAUUCACACGUGAGUGAUUAGUUAAGUUGUUAGAAGAUAGUUAAAUACUGUGCAUUGGAAUGUACAGUGAUAACAAAAUUAGAAAUCAAUUUCUUCUCUUCUUCCUCCUUUCUUCAUUCUCUGAAUUUUCUAGAAAUUAGGGUUUAAUUGUUCAUGCAAGCCUAGAUUCUAUCAUGGUAUCAGAGCGGGUUGAUGUGACUCUGUAAGAUCUGAACAUUGAACACCGUUAGAAGCUUCAAUUUGAUCGGCCAUGGGAGAAACAGCGAGUCUUUAGAUUGAUCAAAAUCAUCCUCUAUUUUUAGCAUCUACAGACACACCUGGAGUUGCAUUGCACGAUAUGAAGUUCACCAGACCUGAAAAUUAUGGUUUGUGGAGCAGAUCGAUGCGGAUGGCACUUUUGGUGAAGAACAAGCUAGGGUUCAUUGAAGGAACCUGCUUGAAAAGCUCUUACAAAGGAGAAUUGGCGAAUCAAUGGGAAAGAUGCAACACAGUAGUUCUUUCAUGGAUAGGACGCACAAUGUCUGCAGAAUUACAGCCGAGUAUCAUCUAUGCAUCAAAUGCAAAGACAAUAUGGAAUGAGUUCAAAGAGAGGUUUGAUAAAUCUAACCUUACUCGUUUUUACCUUCUGUGGAUACAAAUUGGAUCGCUAAAGCAAGGUACUGAUUCUAUAGCAUCGAACUAUACAAAAAUGAAAGACCUUUGGGAUGAAAUAGAUCUGUUAGUUCCAACACCAGGUUAUGAUUGUGAAGAGACGAGACCUUUCAUUGAACAGUUUAAGAAUUUACGUUUACUGCAAUUCUUAGUUGGACUUAAUGAAAUCUAUAGCCAAGUAAGAAGCCAGAUAUUACUGAAAACACCAGUGCUAACUGUAAACCAGGCUUAUGCUUUGGUUAUUCAAGAGGAAAGCCAACGUGAGUUAGGUGUGCUUGAAGUGAAUAGGGAACCCUUGACUAUGCUGGCAGGACAGAAUCAAGGCUAUAAAGCUAAGAAGAUUGGGAUUGUUUGUGAGCAUUAUGGAUACAAAGGACAUCUCAAGGAAAAUUGUUACAAAAUCAUAGGGUAUCCUCCUGAUUUUAAAAGCAAGAAGAAACAACAGGGCCAAGGAAACAAAGUUUAUGCUAACAUGAUUUCAGAAGAGACUGCAGGUUCCUCUCAAGGACAACUUGGACAAUUUUUUACAGAAAGCCAGUACAAGCAAAUAUUAGAUCUUUUGAACAAAACACCUGCAGGUGAUUGUCAGGCACUUAUGGCAGGGUCUUUACAAUGGGAAGGUGAUGGGGAUUGGUAGAGAGAAUUGUGGACUUUAUAUGGGGAGAGAAGCCUAUAGCAGCAAUGGUUACCAAAGGGAAUGAUAAAAGCAGUCUUUGGCAUAUGAGAUUAGGACAUCCAUCAAUAAUGGUAAUGAAGCAUAUUUCUGCCUUGAAGAAUAUAGCAGUAGAUAGUCUACAGCAAAACUGUGAAUUGUGUCCUUUAGCUAAGCAAAGCAGAUUGAAGUUUCCUCUUAGCAGCAGUAAAACUAAUUGUAUUUUCCAGCUUAUUCAUCUUGAUGUUUGGGGUCCUCACAAAUUGCCUACAUAUGAUAGAAACCAUUAUUUCCUUACAAUUGUGGAUGAUUUUAGUAGGUAUACCUAGGUGUGCUUAUUGCAAUCAAAGUCUGAAGUUGUAACAGUGCUGAAAGAUUUUCUUAUAAUGGUAAAAACCCAAUUUGACAUGAA